AUGUUUAGCACGCCCAAGUUCGAGUAUUCCUCACUCCCGUCUGCAGGGGAACAACUCACGCCAGACGACGAGCGGCAUCACUUCGUGGAUGACUUGGAAAAGCUUGCUGGCGAGUCACUAAGACCAGGACUUUUCCACAGGACUAUCCAGCGAGCCAGGAUAUACACACCUAGUGUUGCCAUCUUGAUACCAUGGAGUCUAGUCCUUCUAUGCGUCUGGCGCAUCCUGUACUGGGAAGCGCAAGGGCCCAACGAGCUGGAAUGCACGCGGCUGCUCAACCCAUAUUCUCCGCUUAUCGAAGAAGGUCUCGUUGAGUACUACGACACAAAUUUCGACAACGAGUUUGCCCACAAGACCGAGUAUCGCGGUCCGCCUACCCCUGAUAUCGAAGUAGCCUGGAACCGGCUUUGGAACAGGGGCGCGGUAGAAGUGCCGGUCGAAGGGCUGGCCAAGCUGAAUAAGUCGGGCGAUUUGCUGAAGCACGCCCACUUCGACCCAAACAGAGGGUACAGCUCAAUCCUCGAAGCCUUCCACCAACUGCACUGCCUAAACCUCAUCCGCCAGUUCACGUGGCGAGACUACUACUACGAGCAUCUACAGGAGUGGCUGGCGAUGCCCGAGAACCAGCGCAUGGUCGACCUGAACGUGUCGGACCACCGGAGCGUGGGCGAUCGCAUGCACGUGGACCACUGCAUCGAGACGCUUCGUCUGCAGCUCAUGUGCAAUGCCGACGUGACGCCCUUGCUCAUCCUGUUGGACGAUAGCUCCGAGCAUGGUACCGCGGCGGACUUCAAUACGCACCACAAGUGUCGGAACUGGGACAAGUUACUUGAUUGGCAGGAUAAGCAUAACACUGAUGAUGAGCCGGAGCCAGAAUGA